AUGAAUAAGAAACGUCGCAUCUUAAUAAUCGAUCCCGCAAACUCGCCAAAAUCGAUACAGAGUAAUCCUGAUUGGAGAUUAUUGCUAGCUUGCAGCUUUCGCCACGUGCCUAUGGCAAGAGAAGCCCUCUCUCAAGGCGCGAACGUCAAUUGUAGAAGAUUUGAUUAUUUAACUCCUCUGCAUAUUGCGGUUCAACAUAAUGAUACUGAACUUAUUCAAUUGCUUUGCAAUCAGCCAUCUAUCAACACUGAAGCAAGAGUUAUUGAUGGAUUAACACCUCUUCAUAAAGCUACAUUCCUCGGACAUAAAAAUGCAAUUGAAGAGUUACUUAAAAACAAUGUCGUGAUUAACUGCAUAGACAAUUUAGGCAGAUAUCCUUUGCAUUAUGCAGCUCUUCACAAGGAUACGGAAAGUGCCUCCUUGUUAUUAAAAAAUGGCGCAAAUGUAAAUGUUUACGAUGAUUUUCACGAAAGCCCUUUAUACACCAGCGUCAUACGAAGACCUUUUCUUCCUAUGAUUGAUUUACUACUAUCCCACGGCGCUACUGUCACAUCCGGACCAAAUCAGAUUUCAUUGUGUCUACUUCUCGAAGCUACCUUGUCUGCACGGAGCGCAUCGGACAUAGAAAUACUUGAUCUUUUGUUUCGAAAAGGUGCAGAUGUAAAUACAACGGAUCUUAUCGGUUUACGCACGCCAUUGCACAUAGCAGCUAUGACAGGAAAUUCGGAAGUGAUUGUUUACCUCAUUGUGAAAGGAGCAGAUUUAAAUGGGAAAACUAGAGCCGGACAUACGCCGAUGGAUAUAGCUUUAAUGUAUCGCAAUUUCGAAGCUGCACAAUUAAUAGAUUUACUUUCGAAAGAAGUAAAAAUACAUAGGACAUCGAGUAUAAUUAAUUUUGAUUAG